UUUGUGCUUCGCAGAGCACCAUGGGAAAGGAAGUGAAAGCGGAAUGAGAGAGAGAGAGAGUGAGAGAGGGAGAGAGAGAGGGAGUGAGAGAGAGAGAGAGAUUGUCACUGUGGUGUUUAUAAAGAUGGCCGCUUUCCUGUGCGCGCGCUCACACAGCCGGGUUGUUAUGAGGCGUUAUAGCAGGCGCGAGCCGGUGUGGACAUGCCACGCCCUGACACACAGAGCUCUGAUCAACAUCAAAGGCCCGGACACACGCAACUUCCUGCAGGGACUCAUCACUAAUGACGUCACAGCGCUGGGGGCGCGCGGACACCCCGCCCUCUACACACACCUGCUCAACGUGCAGGGGAGAACCCUGUAUGACGUCAUGAUCUACAGUCUGAAGGAAAGCAGUGACUGCCCGAACAGCGUCCUCCUCGAGUGUGACACCUCGGUACUGAACCCCAUCACACAGCACCUGAAGAUGUAUAAGAUCCGGCGUAAGGUGUUGGUGGAGGCGUGUCCAGAUCUGUCGCUGUGGGCUUUACUGGGACUGAACACACACUGCACACACACUGCCGAGUGUCAGGAGCCUGAAUCUGAACCUCAGCCUGAGCUGAGCAAUGGAGAUGGGGUGGUGGCAAUGGUCCAGGAUCCCAGAACCCCCCUGAUGGGCUGGAGACUGAUCACCAAGCACCUGGAGAAUCCUCCAGAAAUCAUCACAGCCUGUAACCAUGGCAAUGUUGAGGAGUAUCAUCGCCAUCGCUACAAAAUUGGCAUGCCGGAGGGUGUGCGAGACCUCCCCCCAGGUGAAGCUCUGCCUCUGGAGUCCAACCUCACCUUCUUGAAUGGGAUCAGCUUCUCUAAAGGCUGUUACAUCGGACAGGAGCUCACGGCUCGCACCCACCACACGGGCGUGAUCCGAAAGCGCCUCAUGCCCCUCAGCCUCUCUGUACCUCUGGAGAACUUGCUGCCAGGGGGUGCCAUUGAGUCACCACAGGGGAAACCUGCGGGGAAACUAAGGUCAGGAGUCGGGAAGCUCGGGCUGGGCCUUGUACGGCUGAAUCACGCCAAAGAGACGCUUAGGGUGUCGUCUACUCAGGGUGGAAAAGUGACGCUGACAGCAUCGGUGCCAGACUGGUGGCCCGAGGACGUGAAGAACAAACUGAACAUUUAAUACAAUCAAUAAUAAUAAGGGAUGAGUGAAUGACCAGAUUCUAUUACUGUGCCAAGAACAACAUCUUAUAUUUUUCUGACAUAAAUAUAAAUUGCUGGACUUGGGUUUAGGAUCAGGUUUAGGUUGAUGACCGGAUUUGGGAACAGACCAGACCCAGAUGUAGGACUUGAUACAUGUUAAGAACAGGACUCUGAUUUAUGACUGGGUUUAGGAGUGGACUUGGGCUUGGGACCGGACGUGGGUUGAGGAUUGGUCUCAGGUUUGUGACAUUAUCAAUCAUUAAAAACACCAUAUAAAUAAAAAAUAAACUGGUUUAGAACAAGACUUGGGGUUAGAACAGGACGUGGGGGGGGUGGGGGGGGUGGUGGUGUUAGGAAUUAACUCGGUUAUAGAUGUGAGCUCAGGUUUGGUGAAAGACUUCAGGUUUCAAGCUGGACUGGGGGGGUUUAGGACCAGACUCUAAUGUAGGACCAGACUCGGGGAUUAGGACUGGAUUCUACUUUCGGACCGGCCUCGGGGUGGGGAGGGGUGUUCAGGAGGCGUUAACCCUUUCAUUAACUCAUCCUCAAUCUCACACUACCCAUAAAUAAAGUUAUUUAAGUCAUGUUAAAAUAAAAUCUGUUCCGAAUAUCGA